AUGCGGCCUCCGCGGAUGGCCAUCCUUGCCCUCUUCUUCGCCGCUUCCCUCUUCCUCCUCUGCCGCGCAGUCACCUCGUACCGCCGGCCCGACCCCGUCGUCGCUCCUGUGGCCUCGUCCAAGUCCCGACUACAGUCCUUCUUCUCCUUCACAGCGCCCUUCACACUCUUCCCGCCCAACGCGGCCAUCUCGCUCACAGAUGAUAACAGCACCUUCUUCCCUGCGAGGCCCGCCGCCUUUGGCCCCCCGCUGCCGUCUCACGGGCUGAGUGGGCAGCUGUGGAUCGGCAGCGGGUUCGGCGAUGACAACCUGCAAGACGGCGAGGCGUCGGGCGAGCUGGGCUGUAACGACAUCCCCGGCUGGGAGGCUGGCACCAGCACCAACUUGGCGCUCAAGACGACGACCCACGCCAUCAAUACCCACAGCAAGGCCGUGGCAGACCUGGCCAAGGCCCAGAAUAGCAAACGUGACGUGGACGGCAUGACCAGAGUUCUUGUUGACAAGGGCGAUCACUACGAGUUAGAGCCUCGAUCCAAAGCCAAGCCUGUCGACGACGGCACGGACGAUUACCUGCACCAAGGCCUACGAAAGCCCGAGAUCUCGCUCCGGGAGACGACUUCGGGGCCGACCAGCCAUGCCGACAUCCAGUCCAUCCAAGAAACCGCCGAGAUCACCGGAAAGGUCGUCCUGCUGAGGCGAGGCGGCUGCGGCUUCCUGGAGAAGGUCAAGUGGGCACAGCGACGCGGCGCCGUCGGCGUCAUCGUGGGAGACAGACACAAGGGCGGGCCCCUCAUCCAGAUGUUUGCUAGGGGCGACACGUCCAAUGUCACGAUCCCGGCGGUGUUCACUGCCUACACGACAGCUCAUCUGCUCUCGUCCCUCAUGCAGCCCGGAAGCUUCAUCGAGGACAUCAUCGACGAUAAUGGCAACGCCGCACUCAAGGUGCAACAGUUGGACAAGCCCAGAAAGAACAAGAUGGUCAAGCAAGCAGGCGCGCCGACAACCACGCGACCUGGAGCCAAAGUCAUCACAGCAACGCCCAAGCCCAGAUCUCGGCACACCAAGAAGGAGGCUGCCGUGGGCAGCAGAGCCGCCUCGUCCGGCCGCCACCCUGGCCUGAUGUCGCGGCUAUUCCAUCGGGACGUUCGGUCCGAUGCAGGGGCUGAGGAGAGUCGUCCGCCAAGCAGUGGACGUCUCGAUUGGGUUCUGGUCGACGACUGGAGCGAGGAGAAAGACAAGGCCAUUAGAACUGGGCUCGAGAAGGCCUCGGAUAAAGGCUCCAAGUCCAAGGCUGGCAAGGCACCCUCUGGCACCGAGGAUAGUUUCCAGAUCGGUGUCCAGGACUGGCGUGAUCCCGAUCUGGUCAGUGCAGAUAGGAGCACGCCAGGCGAUGACGGAGGAUCACCGGGUUCAAUAAUCACGAAAGGCACUACUGGCAAAGCCGACAAUGCCCCCAAGCAGAGUGGGAAGCAAAUUAAGGAUAACAUCGGCCCCAAGGGCGGGAGCAUCACUCCAGGCAGCGGCGAGUACACAGAGGGCAGGCAGACACCCGAGUCCCCGGCGGCGGGCGAUUCGAGAGCGGCCGCUCCGGGUGGCCUUAUGUCCAAGAUCUUUGGCGAUGAUGACGGCGCCGACUUUUCUCCUACCGAGCCUCAGAUGAACCCUACCACCACUCCGAUUGUGCCGGAGCCUGAUCUCGGAGAUGUUCCCCAUGAAGGGCUCUGGGUCACCAUCACUCCGACGAGCAGCGCCAGCCCCUUCUUCGACACCCUCCUGGUGCUGGUCAUCAGCCCCCUCAUCACUCUCAGUGUGGUGUAUGCGCUGCUCAUCGUGAGGGCGAGAAUCCGCAGGCGGCGUUGGCGUGCGCCCAAGUCUGUCGUCGAACGCCUGCCUGUCCGCACCUACCACACCAUCGCUCCCUCGCCGAGUCUUUCGCCCCGAGCUCCCUCUCCCAACACGUCCUCCCCGACCACUCCGCUCCUCCAAGGCAGCAGCACGCCUCGCCCCCGGCCUCGCUCUAGGACAACUACCGGUAUCCCCGAGGCCGACCUGCUGACGGUAGACGCGGCCCUGCAAAGGCCUAGGUCGCCAGCCCGGGCCGACGGCGAGCCUGGCUCGUCUCACAUCUCGAGCGAGUGGAAGAAGUACAUGGCGAGACAGUCGGAAUGCGUCGUCUGUCUGGAAGAGUAUGUCGAUGGAGUCAGCCAGGUCAUGAGUCUACCGUGUGGCCAUGAAUUCCACGCGGAUUGCAUCACGCCUUGGUUGACUACUAGGAGAAGGACCUGCCCGAUCUGCAAGGGCGAUGUCGUGAGGUCGCUCGCUCGAGGGGGCGCCUCGAGUCCGAGAUAUGAGCCGUACCAGGACGACAGCGACGACGAAAUCUCGCGCAUGCCGUCCCGCGCGGCGCAUCUCGCCGACGUCAGUGCGGACAUCGACAUCGAGCAAGGCAUCUUGUCUCCCUCGCCGCAGAGGAUUAGGCGUCCUCCGCGGCCGGAAGGCUUGUUCAACAUCUUGCCCGGCGGGAUAGGCCCGAGCCCCGGCCGGUCGAGCUGGAGCACUCCUCAUGACCGGAUCCGUUGA